AUGGAUUCAAGGAAUCCAUAUAAAAUCCCUCCUUUCAGUUCACAACAAACCGACGCUCCAAAUGUACGUGAAGACACACCAGUGGCCUGUAGGAAGAGAAGGAAAUGGACUCCAGCUGAUGACGAGGUCCUAAUAAGUGCGUGGCUAAACACAUCUAAGGAUGCUGUUGUUGGAAAUGAACAAAAAUCAGGGACCUUCCGGAAACGAGUAGGUGAUAUUAUGCAGCAAGUCCUCAUGCUAGAGAGAGUGGUGAACCAAGAGAGCAUCUCCAUUGUGGCUCAUGACAUCUUCUACUCUGAUCACAACACGAAAUUUAAUCUUGAACAUGCAUGGUGUGUGUUGAGGUAUGAGCAUAAAUGGCUUAGCCUUAACACUCCUAAACCUAGUGGGAGUUCAAAGCGAAAAGCUGGAGAGACAUGUUCACAAACUUCAAGCACCACUGUUGGUGAUCAUGAGUAUAUGAGCAUUUGUGAAAUGAAGAAGGAGGAUCUCAUGAUGAAGGAGAAACUGUCAAAGCUUGCCAUACCAGACACACUCCUAGCCAAGAAAGAAUCACUAAGUGAGGCUGAAGAAGUUGUCAAGAAUAAGCUACUCGCCCAGUAUUUCUGA